GUGUCUACAAAUGCAGGUUUGACAAUAGGAAUAAUUUAUUUAAUCACUAAAAAGAAACAGGAAUAUUUUUGAAAGAAUGCAGCAUAAAUAGUAAUAAAUAAAUACUAAAUGUUAAAUUGAAAAUAUAUAUGUUUUUCGAAUUGCACCAAAAAGCCUGACAGAUUUUCAAACAGCCAUGCGCGUAAAAUCUCUGAAUCCUGGUCAGACUGAGCUCAUCUACAUGUCCAAACAUUUUACGCACCGCAAAAAAACAGAUUAUUUCAACUAAAUUGCGGAAAUUUUGAAAAUUUUAAAACAAAACUACAACAAUUUAAACAAUACAGGCUGAAUGCAUUUAUUUUAAUUUAAACACAGCGCUCAAAAUCUGUGCGUAAUUUGGAUUUCCGUUCCAUCUUUCUUCUUUAAUAUAUUUAGCAACAAAUUGCAUAAUAUAUUUUUUAAAUAAAAUAAAAGAUAUUCAACCCACCUAUUGUUAAAAUACGAUUUAAAAAAGCAAACUUAAAAAAGAAGGUAAAAUUCCACAGGAAAAGAAAAAAAAGACUGAAAACGAGGAAAAAUAAGGCGGAUGGUUUUUGAAACGGUGUCGUUCUGCGGGUGUACUUCCGCUCCUCGAUACAGUACCUGUACUUUCUGCUUGUAUAUAACACCCGGGAAUUAAUUUGUUGUCAAUAAACAGCGGUGACGCUGCGCGCGCCGAUUGGACGGCUCGCUUUCAACUCCUCCCUUAUAAUAAAGAGUGUGCGUGUCCCUGUUGGAAAAGAUAGCAACACCGGGCGCCUGCGUCGGGAGGGCGCACUUCAUCCUGCACAAUUACGCGGAACCGACCAGCACAGAGCCAAAAAAAAAAAAAAAACUUUUUUUUUCUAUUUUUGGCGCAGAUGGACUUUUAAUGAUCAUUUCGAGGACUUUCUUUGACCACUUUGAUGCUGUUUACGCACAGCAUUCCAUGUUCUAAUUAUUGCGCAUGUGCUUUAAGCACGUGAUUAUUUUAUAAAUACCUUUUUUUCUAUUUAGAUUGCUCCUCUUCUUCUCUAAAAUUGGCUCCCGUACAAACAGCCGCGUUGGAUCCCUCGGCUUAUUGCGAGACUCCGGUGUACAACCCGGAUCUCUGCCCUAAUAUGAUAGCCGCGCAGGCAAAGUUGGUGUACCACCUCAACAAAUACUACAACGAGAAAUGCCAGUCUCGGAAAGCGGCCAUCUCCAAGACCAUACGAGAGGUGUGCAAGGUUGUCUCGGAUGUCCUGAAGGAGGUGGAGGUGCAGGAGCCGCGCUUCAUCAGCUCCCUCAGCGAGAUGGAUAACCGCUUCGAGGGGCUGGAGGUCAUUUCCCCCACAGAGUUCGAGGUGGUUCUCUAUCUGAACCAGAUGGGGGUUUUCAACUUCGUGGAUGACGGCUCGCUCCCCGGCUGCGCCGUCCUCAAGCUGAGCGACGGCCGCAAGAGGAGCAUGUCUCUGUGGGUCGAGUUCAUCACCGCCUCCGGUUACCUCUCGGCGCGCAAGAUCCGCUCCCGGUUCCAGACGCUGGUGGCCCAGGCGGUCGACAAAUGCAGCUACAGGGACGUCGUCAAGAUGGUGGCGGACACCAGCGAGGUCAAGCUGCGCAUUCGUGACCGAUACGUGGUGCAAAUCACGCCGGCGUUCAAGUGCACCGGGAUCUGGCCGCGGAGCGCUGCGCACUGGCCGCUGCCGCACAUCCCCUGGCCCGGGCCGAACCGGGUGGCGGAGGUGAAAGCGGAGGGCUUCAACCUUUUAUCCAAAGAGUGCUACUCCCUGAACGGCAAGCAGAGCUCGGCGGAGAGCGACGCCUGGGUGCUGCAGUUCGCCGAAGCCGAGAACCGGCUCCUGCUGGGCGGCUGCAGGAAGAAGUGCCUGUCGGUGCUGAAGGCGCUGCGCGACCGCCACCUGGAACUGCCCGGACAGCCCCUCAACAACUACCACAUGAAAACUUUGGUUUCCUACGAGUGUGAGAAGCACCCGCGGGAGUCGGACUGGGAUGAGAACUGCCUGGGCGACCGCCUGAACGGGAUACUAUUGCAGCUCAUUUCGUGUUUGCAGUGCAGAAGGUGCCCGCAUUAUUUCCUCCCUAAUUUAGACCUGUUCCAAGGAAAGCCUCACUCUGCGCUCGAGAACGCAGCCAAACAGACUUGGCGACUGGCAAGAGAAAUACUGACCAACCCCAAAAGCUUGGAGAAACUCUGAGGUAAAAAAUAAAAAAAAUAAAAAAAAUAUUGGUUGUCGUAGAGGCCUAACAGGCUCAAAAAAUCUUAUUGUGAAAUGUGUCUUUUAUUGUGAAAUAUGUUUUGACAAAACUUGUUCUUAUUUUUUACAUUUCACAAUUAACAAUCCUCGUGCACCUUUCGGUGGCCAUUUAGUUUAAAUUAUUGGCAAAUUUAUUUAAAAAAUAAAACAAAAGGCCACCUCAGCAGUUGGAAUAUUUUCAAAAUAAACCCCAUCUUUUUUUUAUUUUACUUUAUUUUUAUUUUAUGGGGGAAAAAAUAACAAGCAGCCCAUCUUCCAUGUUUAUACUGUAAAUACAUUCAUCGAUUGUGAUUCAAGUGGUCUGGAUUUGUGAAUGUUGUUCUGUGACACGUAAAUAGGAUCCACCUGUUUAAAAUCCACGUCGGAACUUUCUCUUUAUCUGAUAGAAACGUUAUUAAUUUAUACUUGCAUCAGUGGUAGUCAGACUCACCUGUUUCAAUUUUGAUUUUUUUUUGUUGUCAUUUUGAUGGUAGGCGUACCACAUUUGUUCCAUCUAAAACAUUCCAUCAGUUUACUUGAAUUAUUUAAAAUACUGCAACAAUAUUUGUUUUUUUUUCCUUAGGCUUACAUGACAAAAAAGAAAGAAAAUGAUAUCUUAUAUAUAGUAUAUAUAUUACAGUUUUAAUUGGAAAAAAUGCACUUGAAAUACACUGGAUUAUAACGUCUGUGAUCUGAUUUUUUUAUUUUUUGUCUUUGAUCUAAUUUAAAGAGUUAAUAAAACGAGCUGUUUUAUAUA